AUGACUUUGGCUGACUUUCUCCUUCAAUUUUGUUUCACAGAUCUUGUUGUCAAGCAGUUGGAAUCCCGGCGCGGAAUAUCUCACCAAACACGCAGGCUCUAUCGCUCUGUGGAUGAGGAUGAGGAAAAACCACGAAUGACAAUCGAUGAGCUUAACGCACUAUGGACUCGGUUUGACGAACUUCAUACGCGGGAUCUACCCUCAUUUUACCAGCAGCUUGACGACUUACUAGACUCAUUAAACGUUUUUGAUCCGGAGGAUGAGGAAUCAGAUCCGGUCUCCCUCGAUCCCCUCGAGAUCCUCUCAAGACUGAUUCCAACAUUCGACCAGAUCAAUACUUUCCGCCACAAAAUGGCUCGAUUUGUUUAUGAUCCAGCCUCGGCCAACCCAGAAACCGAUUAUAAUCUCGGACUUGUAAAACAUCACCGAUCACGUCUGCUUAUCCACGAAAUAGAUCAGUUAGUAGGACAUGCUAAUUUUUUAUUCUGGUAUUCGAAGAAGUUUUUGCUGCUAUCCAACUCAUCUCAACUCACCUCGGACGAUGAACAGAGACUAUCUGAUUACAAGAAGAGUUUAUUUGAAACAUGGGUCCAAGCCAUCUCGCGCAUCGAAGAUAUCCUUCGUAAAUAUCAGCAAUCUGAUUUUGAUCUUAUUCAAUUCAAUUGUCAAGAAUGUGUUGAUGAUCUCACAGACUGCCUUGAUCGACUAUAUUCGGCUCAGACCAAGAGCCCAUCUCAACCCAUCAUCUCCACGUCAUCACACUGUGAUCAGCUUUUCAUAUCAGCACUGCCACUCUUCAAACUAUGCAAGAUCUUCUUCAACAAACUAGCCAAGAAGGCAACAAACAAAUUACCAUUGACAUUCAAGCCUAGGAUCAAUUCAAGUGAAUUUAACAAAUUGGCAGAUGAAAUCACAGAGCUUCGUUACUUGAUCAGGGACUUGGGGCGGGAUUUAAUGCUCGUGGAGGAACGACGCUACAUUCAACAUCUCGAUGGAUUGUUGUGGUCAAGCCAGAGAACUGCCGACCAAUUUCAUUCGACAUGUGCUUUGUUGAGCAUUCUUUUAAUCCCUACUACUUCGCUUCCUGAUCAUUGUUCCUCCGAAAUUUUCAUCAAGUCUUUGUUUUCUGUAUUGUCAGACCAUGUUACUCUGGCUGUGCUCACGUUCACAGAUGCCGUUAACAGACAAACUGAGAUAUCUCCCGUUUGGAGUGGGAAGGUUGAGGAGAAUGGAUCAAUGGAUCAGUUGGUUGUGGGGAUUGGCCAAACUCCUGGCCCACUGCAGGAUUUACAUAGAACCAAGUCUUGUUCUGCGCCCAAGAAACAAUUCCGGCCCAGACCUCUUGCCAGCAUGAUACACGGCUGGGCUGCUUACGGUUACUUGGGGCCCUGGUCAUUCGGGGAUGACUUGCGGUUACUUCCAGGCAGGGGCAUCGUUGUUGAGUACUUUACUACUUUGUUUGACCGGCCGACUCGCCGAGCCGAUUACCUUGGAGGCCCGGCUGCGCGACUGCGCGGGGCGCGGCAAACAACGGGACGGUCCAACUUCAGGACUGCAAACAGUGAUUUCCGCAACAUCAUGCAGGCUCAGGCUCAUGUUGUAUUCUUGGUGGAAAAGGUGGGAAGGAUGGCAUGGGAGCUGGACAACAGUUCGACCAACUUGAAAGAGUUCAAGCUGACAGAUUGUGCAGCUCUCAGCUUCGCCAUCUUUGCUCGGUGUCGCAGUGGCGGCGGUCGGGUGGGGAAGAGCGUCCAGUCCCUGCUGAACAUGCCUCCUUCGCUGUGCCAAGGCAACUUGCUCGGGAGACUGUUCAUGGCCAACUCGGCGUCCUCCAGAGACAUCUCACCUAAUUCCACUAGGCGGGCCGCACCCUCCGCGAGUUGCUCCAGAGAAGUGAGUUCUGGAGUAGCUGCUAGGGUCUGUGAGGGGAUGGGAUGGGAAGGAGGUGGCAAGAUUGGUUGUGAGUUGGGGGAGAUGAUUGGUAGCAGUACGGCUGGGACCCGCGAGGCUCAGCUUGCUCGACAAAGGCGCAACCUGGCCCAUCCUCUCGGAUGGCAAGGGCCAGCGCUGAAGGGUACAAAGUCCCGGCAGGAGGCGCUCAUUUACCUUACUUGCGACGAGACGUGUGUGCCAAGUUAA